AUGCUAGCGGCCGACUCCGUUGGGACAAUCUCUGGAAAAGUAGAUGUCGGGGAACUGCUCGCGCCUGAAGAUGUCACCUUCAUACUACUUGAGUUGGUAGAAGGUAUACCACUUUCUGAGGAGGCCGGAGUUGACGACGGAGUGCUUGAAGCGACAAUUGGUGUGGUCAAAAGCGUACUUGAUGUAGUAAUCGAAGGGGUCGAUGGGGUGGUCGAAGAGCUUAACGAACCCGAUGAUGUAGUUGAAGUAGCCGCUGACGAGGUUGACGAUACAACAUCUGAUUCAGAAGUGGUCGAGGUUGACGAGUCUUCGGAAGUAGAAGUGGUCCACCAGAAAUCGGUCGGAGAGGGCAAAGGAGUGAUGGUAAUAUCACGUUCGAAAAUAUCUGGCUUCUCUAGGUUCGACGAAGUUCCCGAGGACUCAUUCCGUGCACCCAGACCAAGACUCAUGUUUGAAGCGAAAGAGCGCGAGAUCGGCCCAGCCGAGCAUGACCAUGCCAGCAUGGAAAGGACAGGAGCCUUUCAAAAGAAGGAAGAGAACGAAUGCGGCGUGGAAAACUUCCAGUGGUUCGGGAAGACCAGCAGAGAAACGAAUGUUUCGAGCGGUCAAGAAAGCAUGGAAAAUUAA